CACCUGAUUUCUUGAGACAGGAUCACUCACUGAACCUAGAGUAGACUGGUUCACCAGCAAGCUCCAGGGACCCUUCUGUCUUCCGGCUCCUGCCCCGGGGUUCACACUCCUCCUCCUCCUCUCCGCACUGGAAUUAUAGACACCGUGCCCCACAAUAGUGCUGGGACCCAGACUCCCGUCUUUAUGUUUGUACGGAAGGCACUUUACAGAUGAAGUUAAUAAAACGUGUAACUUCUGUCGGGUCUUCCAUGAGGUGAGUCUUAAAACAUUGAAAGACUUGCUGAUGCUGUGUAGAUCAGGGAUAGUUUGAAGUUUAAUCAGCUCUUGCUGUGUGGUUUCCAUAGGCACCUGGGUAGAAUCUUUAGAAUUCUAGCUUAGCUUAUGCUCUUUGUUUUUGAGACACUGUAUCUCUGCCUAGUCUAGAACUCAGCGAUUCACCUGCCUCUGCCUCCACCUCCCAAGUCUUGGGAUUAAAGGUGUGUACCACCGGGCGGGUCCCAGCAGUUCGUCGGUGGCUGCCAAGGCGGUGUAGCUUCUUGACGGUUCGGCCUCGCACCCAGCGCUGCCACGAUGCCCAAGAGGAAGGUUAGCGAUGCCCAAGAGGAAGGUUAGCGCCGACGGAGCAGCGAAGGCGGAGGCCAAGCGGUGCUCGGCGAGGCUGUCGGCCAAGCCCACCCCUGCCAAGGUGGACGCGAAGCCGAAGAAGGCCCCGGGAAAGGAUAAACCAUCAGACAAAAAAGUGCAAACAAAGGGGAAGAGGGGAGCAAAGGGCAAACAGGCGGAGGUGGCUGACCAGCAAACCACAGAUGUGCCUGCAGAACAUGGAGAGGCUGAGAACCAGAGUCCAGCCUCUGAAGUCGAAGAGAAAGAAGCCAAGUCCGACUAACCAUCCAUUGUUGUCUGUCAGUGUCCCCGCCUCCCUUCUUGUACAAUCCAGAGGAAUAUUUUUAUCAACUAUUUUGUAAAUGCGAGUUUUUUAGUAGCUCUAGAAACAUUUUUAAAAGGUGGGAGGAA